AUGGCUUCUUUGCAGAGAUCUUCAAAAUCAUUCCGAAGGCAAGGCUCAUCAGGUUCAGUAUGGAAUGAAAAAUUAGCAGAGGAACCGAAUCAAGUGAAAACAGCAGAGCUAAGGCAUUGCCGUAGUACUGGUGACACUGGUAGUGGUGGAAUGGUGGAGCACGGGGCAGCACCACCGGUUUAUAUACGCUGGUUAUCAACUCCCAGUGCGAAGCCGCUGUUGCUGGAAUCAGAAAUAAAUGGAUUUGCCUGCCACUCUUAUGAACAUGAAGAGAAGCCUAAGUUAAGAAAAUCUGCCUAA